AUGAUGCUAAAAGUGUCUCCUUGGAAAGGUGUUAUCCGUUUUGGAAAGCGUGGGAAGCUAAGUCCCCGAUUCCUUGGACCGUUUAAAGUCUUGGCUAGGGUGGGACUCCAGGCUUACAAAUUAGAACUGCCACCUGAAAUGGCCGAAAUCCACCACACAUUCCAUGUAUGCUAUCUUCGUAAGUGCUUGGCGGAAGAAGAAAGUGUAAUACCACAUUCAGAAAUUCGUGUAGAUGAGAACAACCGUUGCGUGGAAGAACCAGAAGCCAUCUUAGAUAGGAAGACCAAAGCGUUGAGACACAAAGAUAUUGUUAUGGUUAAAGUGCAAUGGAAGCAUCAUCGAGGGUCAAACGUAACAUGGGAAACAGAAGAUGACUUAAGGAGACGUUACCCUCACCUUUUCGCUUGA